AAAGCCAAAAGAACUGAAAAGCAACAUGUGUUGAAAUCAGCACGUACGGAAGCAAAAACCAAGUUGGUGUCUUUGGAUCACGAGAAACUCCAUCGCAAAGGAAAUAAGAACAUGGGUUCACUUUCAAACACUCCUCAGCUUCCAGUCAUCUACCUCUCGGACCAAACCCUAAAACCAGGAAGCUCAAAGUGGGUUGAAGUCAGGAGUGAUGUCCGUAAAGCUCUUGAAGAGUACGGCGGUUUCGAGGUGUCGUACGAUAGAGUGUCGGAGGAGCUUAAGAAGUCGGUUUUGCAAGCCAUGGAAGAGCUUUUCGCGUUACCAGUUGAGGCUAAACAGAGAAACGUCUCUCCUAAACCCUUCAGCGGUUAUUCCACUCAUAACGGUCUUUCCGAGAGUAUGGGGAUCCAGGAUCCUCAUGUUUUGGACAAAGUUUACGAGUUUACUCAACUUCUACGUCCUGAUCAUUGUGACGGUAACAAGAGCAUCAGCGAAACGAUCCAGACGUUUUCAGAGAAGUUAUCAGAAUUGGAUAUAAUGGUGAGAAGAAUGGUAAUGGAAAGCUUCGGGAUAGAGAAGUACCUUGACAAACACCUGAACUCAACGAAUUACCGUCUGCGGCUGAUGAAGUAUAUAGCACCGCCUGAUGCUGAUGCUACUAAUGUUCUAACCAAAGAUGACAAGUGGAUCAGACUCAAACCAUCUCAUAAUUCUUUCGUUGUUAUGGCUGGAGAUUCUCUAUACUUGACACUCACACGUACUGACGUACACGCACUUAUGAAUGGUAGACUAACUCGUCCCUUUCAUCGAGUAAGAGUAACGGAGAAAAAGAAGACAAGAUAUUCAAUAGCAUUGUUCUCGGCUCCAACCGCAGAUUACAUCAUAGACACACCAAAAGAACUUGUGGACGAGAAGCAUCCACGUAUCUUCGAACCAUUUAACUAUAACGACUUGAUGAGUUUCUAUCAUAGUGAAGCUGGUCGUAAAGCUCGAUCUACUCUUGAUGCUUUCUGUGCCGUCUCUCGAGCA